AUGAGUACCUAAAAUCAUGUAUUACUACUAAUUGACACCAAACAAUGUGGUUACUUUAAAUUAGCUUUACUUUUGUGUACCAUUACUAUUAUGUUAUUUGUAGGUUGAAAAUAUUUAAUUACAUUGAAACCAGUGUCUCUGUUCCACUUGACUUUAAACAAUAGGUUUUGAAACAUUAUGAAUUUCAGAUCUAGUGGACAGUUAAAUCAGUUGAAGGCUGUUUUAAGGUUGUGCAUGAGUUGUCUUCAGUUACUGAAGUAUUUUAUGGGGGCACAUUGACAAAUUUAUUUUGAGGUGAUCUUGGCAGCCAUGUCUACACGGGAGCUCUUUGUUUCUGCAGCUUGUAAAUGUCUGUCUACUGGAAAAAAACCUCUUUCUGUUCCUGUAAGUCUGGAUCUGGCAGCUCAGGUCUUGGCUGUUGAUUUGGGAGUGAAACCAGCUCUGCUGUAUGACAGUAAUGGUGCCAGUGCAGAGCAAGUUCAGCAAUAUUUGCGCUCACUGCAGUCUUCAGGGCUUGUGUCAAAAUCACUUCUUACACUAGAUUUAAAUGGCAAUGCUCUAAUUAUGAAUCCAUUUACAACAAUAUCAAAUCUAAAGCAGCUCCUUAAUGGUAACAGUGUGGCUGUGAUUGACGUUGGUCACUCACUGGAAAAGCCCACAAUUGUGGACCAACUCAGAGAAGAGCUGAAGACCAUAGCAGAAGAAGUCCUGUUUAUUCUGGCAGAGUUUGGACAGCUGGAGGAGUCUGAUAAACCUCUUUCUGUUGGGGAGAAAUCUGAGACGUGGAACCUUUGCACAGUCUUUGGCACAUUGUUGGAUUACCCUGUCACAUACUGGUUUGAUCAGAACAAGAGCUUUGAAAACUGCCUGGCAAUGAUGCCCCUGAUGGUGACGACCGCUUCAGCAACAUGGCGGGAAAACUACGCAAGUGGUAGAUGUUGCUUGUACUCCUUCAGCAUCCCAGCAGUCCUGCUUAAUGAGACUCAGGCUAAACUAGAAAACUGGAAACUUCACCUGCAUGAAAGAUUUCAGCAGCAAACUGUCCUGACAGAUCUCACUGUGUCUCAGUCCACAGUCACCCUACCUUCAGUCUGUUUGUGAUGCAUGUAUCACAAGUUGUAUUCUCAAAGUAAAUAACUGUGUAAUAUCUGUAUUUUUGUCACUGUCAAAACAGGUUUACAUUAUAAACUCAUGUUGACUGUGCCAUCAGGCAUUCUAGUUUUGUUCCAACUUGCAUUAUGACAAUAGUAACUGAUUAAAGUGAUAAACUUAAUCCCA